GAUAAUGAAAGGGGCAGUGUUAGCUGAGAAAGGGUUUCGGAGAUUCUGCUCCGAGCCUUUCAUUCAUAUCAAAAAUCAAUCAAACAUGGCGAUGGCCAUGGCCAUCAUCACCAAAAAACGCUUUCUCACUCUACCCAUUCUUCAUUCCACCUAUCUCUUCUCCACCACCACCAUUCCAACAUUCCAAUCCCCAUCCAAAACCCCCCUCGAAAAACAAUUCGAAACAUGGGUCAACCAUCUCAAACCCGGUUUCACCCCUUCCGACGUCAACAACGCCUUAACCUCCCAAUCCGACCCCGACCUCGCCCUCGACAUUUUCCGUUGGACCUCCCAACAACGCUCCUACAAACACACCCACCUCACCUACCUCACCAUCAUCAAACACCUCACCGCCUCUCGCCGCUACCAACAAGCCGAAACCCUAGUCGAAGAAGUCAUCGCCGGCGCCUGCGACCCCACUCUCCCUCUCUACAAUUCCAUCAUCCGCUUCUGCUGUUCCCGCAAGUUCCUUUUCAACCGCGCAUUCGACGUCUACAACAAAAUGUUAAACUCACAAGACUGUAAACCUAAUCUCGAAACCUAUACUUUACUCUUCAACUCGCUUCUUCGAAGAUUCAAUAAAUUAAACGUUUGUUAUGUUUAUCUGCAUUCUGUUCGGUCUUUAACCAAGCAGAUGAAGACUUCUGGUGUUAUACCUGAUACUUUUGUCUUGAAUAUGAUUAUUAAAGCUUAUUCUAAGUGUUUGGAACUCGACGAAGCUAUUAGGGUUUUUCGCGAAAUGGGCUUGUAUGAUUGUGAGCCUAAUGGUUAUAGUUAUAGUUAUAUUGCUAAGGGUUUGUGUGAGAAAGGGAGGGUGGAACAGGGGUUUGGAUUUUAUAAGGAAAUGAGAGUUAAGUGUUUGGUUCCUAGUACUAGUACUUAUGUGAUUAUUGUUUGUAGUCUUGCUUUGGAGAGGAGAUUUGAGGAUGCUGUUGAGGUUAUGUUUGAUAUGUUGAGUAAUUCUAGGUCACCGGAUCAUCUUACUUAUAAGACUGUUUUGGAAGGAUUGUGUCGCGAAGGGAGGGUUGAUGAUGCUUUUGAAUUGCUUGAUGAAUGUAAGAAGAGAGAUGUUUACAUGAAUGAGAAGAUGUAUAAGAUUCUAUUCGAUGAUUUGCGGUUUGUGUGCAGGGAUUAGAAGAUUUUGUACUAAUUGUCUUCAUGCCCUUGUUCCGACGAUGUGGUUACAGUGUUAUUUUUUCUCCGAGUUGAACUUCAUUCAGAACCAUCUAUUGCUUGGUAGUGGUAGAGGCUGAUUUGGAGAAUUCUGAUGAAUCCUGUUAAAGGUAUGAUCAGACGCAAAUGCUGAUGAUGAUAUCACGAAGCUCCUUUUUUGGUUGAAAGGGUUACUAAUAACAGGAUGUUAUAUAACCUCAGCUCUGUGAGGCCACAUGAUUCCACAGUUGGAGCAAAAACAGGCAUGUAAUUUACACUUGGUGAAAUUGCUUGUGGAUAGUUUGCUAGAUGAGCAUCUUAUGAUAUCUUAUAACAAGCUAAAGCAACACAAUAGUCAUCUGGUUUUUAGUAUUCCAGCUGAAUUUAACUGCAAUAAAGCUUAGCUGAAAGUUUUGUAGUCGUAACAUUUGUCUAUCGGUAUGUCUUAACGUUAAUCUUGAUGGAAUAUGGGAGGAAUUUCAUUGUGUAACAAUCGACUCGGCAGGAUCUUGUGUAUUCUGAAUAAAUAAAUAUUUACCAAAAUGUAGUGAUCAUAUUUAUUUACUAAUGGAAUUUUGUUUCUCUUUACAAUGUUUA